UUCCAUCUCACAAUUACCAUACACGUCUUGAUCAUGGGUCGGAUCGCUGUUAUUCAAGUACUAGCUCUCUGCUCCAUUCUUCUCAUCUCCCUCCCAAACUUUGCUUCUGCUCAACUCAGACAGAAUUACUACGCAAACAUCUGCCCGAAUGUCGAAACGAUCGUUCGAAAUGCGGUCCGGGCUAAGGUUCAACAAACUUUCGUCACCAUUCCGGGAACUCUUCGGUUGUUCUUCCAUGAUUGCUUUGUGCAGGGGUGUGAUGCUUCGGUUAUGAUAGCAUCUAGUGGAUCCAACACGGCUGAGAAAGACCACCAGGAUAAUCUUUCGUUGGCUGGAGAUGGAUUUGAUACAGUUGUCAAAGCGAAAGCUGCGGUUGAUGCUGUUGCUAGUUGCAGAAAUAAGGUGUCGUGUGCCGAUAUUCUCACCAUGGCCACCCGAGAUGUCGUCAUGAUGGCUGGGGGACCAUCUUAUCCGGUGGAGCUAGGAAGAUUAGAUGGGCUGAGUUCAACGGCAGCUAGUGUGGGUGGGAAGCUGCCCAAGCCGAACUUGAAUUUGAAUCAGCUUAACGCCAUGUUUGCUGCUAAUGGCUUAACCCAAUCAGACAUGAUUGCUCUCUCAGGUGCACACACUCUCGGAUUUUCCCACUGUGACCAGUUUGCAAACAGGAUAUACAAUUUCAGCAAGCAGAACGCUGUGGAUCCGACUCUAAGCCCGAGCUACGCUACCCAAUUGCAGCAACAGUGUCCAAAGAAUGUUGACCCGAGGAUAGCUAUAAACAUGGACCCCAAUACACCAAGAACUUUUGACAAUGUGUACUUCAAGAAUCUGCAGCAAGGACAAGGACUGUUUACUUCUGAUCAGGUUCUCUUCACUGACUCGAGAUCAAAACCGACCGUGAACACAUGGGCAUCCAAUGCACAAGCUUUCAAUAACGCGUUCAUCACAGCUAUGACUAAACUAGGUCGGGUUGGGGUCAAGACAAGCAAAAAUGGGAAUAUCAGGCUAGAUUGCUCUAGGUUUAAUUGACCUUAAAUUCAAUUUAUUAUUACCGAGCAAAUUACAUGAAUUUUGAAUUAACAAUGAAAAUAUUUGGAAAAGCUAAUGGCUAAAGAAGAUGAUCAUAUCUCCUCUGUUAACAUAACGCUUUUUCCCAUUUGGUUCUCA